AUGUUGUCUGCAAAACAAGCCUCAGGAAGCUUUCUUUCGUCGCUGCAAUUCACCCGUGAUGCACUGAUGGAUUUUUCGCGUGGUUCACAGAGAACUGUAAACAUCACCCUAGAACCAAAGAAGACGACGAGGAUAGUCAAUAAAACGUAUGCUUUGAUAGCUAGUCAAACACUAAGCAGUAGGACCUUAAUAAAGAAAGUCGAUGAAAGUGUGAUGAAGACUGCGUACCCUGGUUUUGCUACAAUCCCAUCUGACCUUAUCAAAGAUUCGUUAGAUCCUUCAAUGAGAAAGGACUUGCCAAAGAACCUACUAACAACAAUUACCUACGACAGAGGUGUCAAACAGGUUAUACUCGUGCCAGUCAAAGAAAAAGUACUAAUCAAACAGACGAAACGCGAAGUUUACAAGUCACGUACUUCACCUUCUAAUAAAUUUAUGAAGGCCAUCAAAGACAUUGAACUAGCAGAAGCAAAUGCAAACGCCUUAGGAGUCAAGUACAGCUACUCUACCUUAGCAAAACUUAAGAGUCUUGUUGAAAAGGCAAUACAGAGCAAGAGCUAUAUAUAUGCUAGACAGGUAAGAUAUUUCGAAUAUUAUUUGCGGAUUGGGGUUAACUAGGAAACAGAGGAAAGCUUAAGGAAACUUUUUUAGUACAAACGCCUUCCAAAUCAUAUGUAACAGGUAGAGCAGUAUAAAUGAGGAUGAAGAAAAAUUUACUUGAACGUAUUUCGGUAAAAUUAUACAUUAAUCGUACGAUGUAAAUCUUGUUAUUUGUGGUACUUAAAUUCAGUAGGCAAGUAUAUCUAUUAGUCAUUUUCAGUUUGGCCAGGAACCACCCAAGCUAAACCUCGGGAUUGAGCCAAGGGCACCCAACGACAAUUUUCGGAAAAUAUCUGUGCAGAAUUGAAGACGAUUUGAGAUCUAGAAUUUUCGGAACAUUUGUUGUAAAAUUUUUUGCUUGACUGCCUCUCCUAGGAUUUUCGAACAUCUAAAAACUACUAUAAUUGCCCAUUUUUAACGGAUUUUUACCCUUAAAAGGUCACCUAGAAUUUCCGGGAGCCUUUUUUCUGGCUGAAAUUUUCAAAAAGGUAAGUUUUGAUCCCUAUGAUUUUCGGAUCACUAGACUUUCAGCUAGGAAAUCUGAACAGAUGAAAAAUUUUUAAGGGAUAAAAAUAUGCCAAUACCUACCGUUGAAAUGCUAACAUACGUUUAACAAUGCUAUGUUUAAGUGGUUUUGAACUAUAUUCUCGUUGGGUGCCCAUGUUGAGCAGUACUUUCACAAGGUAUUUUAAAAAGUAAAGAUUUUAGAUAACGAGAAUUUUAGAUUUGAGUCUAACCAAACUGAUUUCAUAAGACUGGAAACUGACAGAGGUGAUAUUCUAUACUCUCUCAAAAAAGAUUCACUUCCUUGUUUGAAGGAUAAUUAAUUAGUAUAUUUGUAUAUUUAAACAUUUUCAGAUCGUCGGAAAGAUCAUGUAUUUACUGAGCACCAAGGCAAAAUCGUCAAGUCGGAAAAAGAGAAGCUCAACAAGUGAGGGAAAGGCAUUUCUUCAAGAUCUUCGGAAAAAAGUCGGUGCCACUAAAUUUGAUAGCUUUUUGGCUGUGCAAGGCGAUGUAGGUCUUAUGUUUGCCAUAGAUGAUACAGGAAGCAUGGGCAAUGAAAUCGAAGCGGCAAAGAAGAUCGCAAAAGAUAUCAUAAAUUACCGCGAGCGGAAAGUCCCUAUCAAGGAAUACAUCUUGUCACCAUUUAACGACCCCUAUCCAUGUGAGUAAAAUUUGGUUUUUAGUCGUCCUUUCGUGUAGCCUUCCUCCACGCAGACGUUCUUAGGGGUUCUGGCGUCACUCAUUAAAUCAAAUCAAAUCAAAUCACUGGUUUAAUGUUCCUUUUGCAGUCGGAAGACUGAAUUGUAGGAUACCUUACAAGCUGUGAUAAAUGUGCAAAUACGCUACAUUGAUUUACAAGAUUAAUAUUUAACACUAACAAAAUUUGAGAAACGUUCAGUCCUUGUGGCCAUGGGCCUGCUCGAACUCGCUGAUCUUAGACACACACUGGUAGAUAUAGGUACCACUCUGUUGUGUAUUAGUGGGUAUAAUCGGUUACCUGGCCGAACCUUACCUAUAAAUUUAAUACACGAGACUGUCUGACGGUCAGAAAGAGUGGAUAAUGCAGCUUUGUCAAGUACUGUUUCAUACGAAAUACCAGGCCAAAUGAUGGAAAGGGCCCUUUUUUGUACAUUCUCGAGAUAGCAAGCAAGAUACUUCUAAGGCAAACCAGCGAAGACAGCGUAGGCAUACUCUAGUAUAGAGCGAAUUAGCACGCAGUAGAUAUGAACAAUAUCAGCCGAUGGAACUUUGCACUUCUUGAGUUGUCUCAGUGCAUAAAACCAUCUGUUGGCCUUCUUCACUAUGUAGUCGCAGUGCACUGCCCAAGUUCAUUAGAACGUCUGUGUGGGAGGCUAUCUUUCGUGUCAUCUUUUGUGCCUUAUGAGUACUAAAUUUUUCUUCUGUGUUGCAGUAACAGCACUAGGGCACCCACGCAAUCUGUUCGUGUAUCCAAUUGUAAUUUUGUUAUAAAUGUAUUGGAUUUAACGUUUGCUUUACAUCUGUAGAAAUAUAUCGCUAAAUAUGUACAGGGGUCAAUGUUAAAUACACUUUUAUAAGCUUGUCUGUGGUAUGCUAGAUUGUUGUCCUUAAGUUUGUUUCAGAACUGAAAUUUUCAGCGAUUUUGAAGGACUUUGAGUUCGUCGGUUACUGUGCCUCUCCACACUGAAUAAACAGCAAACAAAAAAUACUAUAAGACCAAUUAAAAUUCCAUUUCUGAGGCAAAGGAGGACAAUUUACCGAAGCUAUGAUAAUACACUGUCAGUAUCGGGCACGUUUUCUUGGCAUUGAUAAAUGCACAUAUGUAGCCAUAUAUCGUUACAUAUGUGUUCAUAUGAAGCAAAUGAAUCCAACUGGCCAUUUGCGAGUUGCUCCAAACCUCUGUUUCAAAGCGAGGCUAGGUAAGAAGGCGUUGAUAGGAAGUGAUGGUUUUUGGAACUCUGAAGUGGCCUAAACAUCCAGUGUAAAUAUCCAUGAAAUAAAAACCUUGGAAGAAAUGGUCACACAAACAGAUUGCAUGGGUUUUCUGUGGUAACAGCAGUAUAUUUGAUGACAAGAGAGUGAGUGGUUCGUUAUCAUAGGUCUUUAACCCAUUCGCCCAUUUUGCCCAAAAACGCGUUUUGAAGCUAGUCGAGUGGUUUUUUGGUCACCUUCGUGCUAUAAAGAGCUAACAUUUACCAUAAAGCCAUUUACAGCUUGAAUGCUUCGCAGUAGACUGAGUAUCAGGAGUUUCUGGGGAGAAAAGGGUGAAGAGAGAAGCUAAAAUCUCCUCUCCCCCAUCCUCGGAGACCCAGGGGCAGAUAGUGGGGGCGAGGGAAAGUCUGAACAGGCGGAAAAAUAUGGCACAAAAGAAAAGUAAAGAACGGCCAGAAAAGCCCCUGGGGACAAUGUCUUACCAGACCAGUUCCAAACGGUCGGCGACCGUUCUGGAACUGACUGGUGCCAAAAAAACAUUUUCCCCAGGGGCUUUUCCGGCCGUUCUUUACUUUUCUUUUGUGCCAUAUUUUUCCGCCUUUUUGACUUUCCCUCGCCCCCACUGUCUGCCCCUGGGUCUCCGAGGAUGCCUCUCCCCUAGCCCCUUAGGAAGGUCUGGUACUUAGGCUAGCUUCACGACCUACUCCAGAUGAAAAAGAUCGGGCAUGCGCAAAAAUCAAAAUUUCGUUUUUGGAUUUAUAAAAGUGACACAUCUGCAGCCUUGACUUUUCCUUUUCGCUUUCUCGCCUCCCCUCUUAUUUCGCUUUUCUUGCUUCAUUUAUUUUUUUCUUUUGCUGGGCAUUUAAUUAGUAGGCUUCAUUUUGGUGAGAAUUACGUUUUUAGAAAAGCCUUCUUAGAAAUAAGAUAAAAGGAAAGGAGGGUAGGUAGUGGUGUUCUUGCUGAAUUGUGCUUAUUCUGGUAUAGUUUGAAAGAUCUCUUCACUCUGCACAUGUUAACGGACAAAGUUCUCCUUGACCAUUAAAAGUUACGACAUCACAAGCGGUAGAAGGGACAUAGAUCCACACAGGCUGUUACGGACAGAUGAGGGGCGGAUAAUGGGUUGAUUAGUUUUUCUGCCAAAGUCACGCCGAGACAGUGGCAAAAAGCAGCUAAUUUCAAUUCUCUGUCGACAUGUUCUUUGGAAAAGAAAUAUUAAGCACUAAGUCAUCAAGAAGAAAAAUAACUGUUAAAGCAAAGUUCUAUCCACCUCUUUUGAAUAAUGCAUGAAAAUAUAUUUUUGUUUUCAACAUCUUACACUUUUUAUGUCCUUUUCUGCUUAGUGGCUCCAGGUAACACUUAGCAAUGUCACACAAACGAUUCGACACUUAAAAACAGUUCCAAGUAUUUUUAUAUAUAUAUAUUUCAAUUCCGAUAGAUCCAACAAAAGCUGAUCCAGUAAUUGUCAAAACCGAAACUGAAGCAGGAGAAUUUGAAGAAGAAAUAGACAAAUUGAGGGCCCAUGGCGGCGGAGAUUGCCCAGAGUAUACGUUUGAGGGAAUGCGUGGAGCACUCAAUAAUAUGGGAGAGGAUGGUUCUCCUUUGUAUGUGUUUACUGAUGCAGGACCGAAGGAUGCAAGAGCGGCGGAUAUUGAGGAAGUGAAGAUGUUAGCUAAAGAUCGUGGCGUAGCUAUUAACUUUUUGACCACAGGUAAGGGGAAUUCUUGAUGUUUAUAUAUUAUAUUCUUUUAAAACUGUGAAAGGUUUGAACCCAGGAGUCAUUUCAAAAGUAGGUUUAGUUUGAUCAUCCGGGUGAACGUAGUCCUGAAUAGGACUGUUGUUGUUGUUGUACAGAAAACGUCACUGUCAACAACGACAGUCCUAUUCGGGACUAUGUUCACCCGGACGAUCAAACUCAACCUACUUUUAUAUUCUUUUAGUUUAAAUUCUCCACAUAUCAGUUAUACCUUCGCUUGAUAGUGAAAACUAAACAUCCAGUUAAUGCAGGAUAUCCUUUAGUAUUGAGCUGCUCGUAACUUGGUAUCUCCUCAAACAAUAACACAGCAUUGCAUUGUUUACAGUCAACUUUAUCUAAGACACCUUUGGGGGUGUCCGUCUCAGAUAGAUGUCCGUCUUAUAGAGAGUACACUAAAAGGAGUAAAGAAAGACAAGGACCAACUCUAGGUGUCCGUUUUAGGGAGUUGUCUGUCUUAAAGAGGUGUCCGUUAAGAGAGAAUUUACUGUAGAGUUAUAUUUCCAUUGUUUUACGGAAAACGUACAGUAACUUAUUAGUCGCGGAAGAACAGUUUUAUAAACAUCAGCACUUCGUACGCUACCCAUACACCGCUUAUGAAAGAGAAGACCUCCAGCAGCUAGGGUAACCCAAAUAUGUUUUGGCCCUAUAAAAUUAUUACAUGGCUGACUUCACAAGUGCAUGGGAAGGUGAAGGGGAUCCUGUGUUUUGAUUGGCUACCUGAGCAGGCAAGGUGGGCUGAUCUUGUCCGCUCAGGAUUUCACUUUUUUGGCCAUAUAAUCAUCUGUGUGAGUUUGCUAAAGGGUGCCUGCUAACUUUUCGCUUGAACACGGGUGUUCAAGCCAGUGUUGCCGGAAAAAAACCCGGGGGGCUUGCCAUCUUGCUAGGCGUCAGCAGAGAGCCCAGGCCCACACCUAUCCGUGGGUGGGUGGCUAACUUGUUUUGUGUCAAAACUAGGGGGGUAGGGAGGGGAGUUUUGUCACUUUGAUUAGAGUUUCAAGUGAGAAAGCAGUCCUGCAAAAUCAAGGAAUUUUUCCUGUUGGCUAGCCCAGCCAAAUCAUUGCUGUGGCUCAUAAUCAUAACACUAUUGGCAGAGCUUGGGGGGAGUGAUUGACUAGUCAUAAGUGUCAUGGGUGGGGAGGCUGAGUGCUUGCUCCUUGGACUUGGCUGUCUAGAGACCGAGUACAGGCACCUUGUAUGAAAUUCACACAGACAUGUAAAUCCUUUAUUUACCAAGCCUUUUCGGUCAAGAUGACUUUUUUUACAUUGUUAUUGACCCUUGACUUCGUCUAGGUCACUAACACAAAAAAGGAACUUGGCUGUUAUCACCCAUCUUGAUCUGACGCUUGGUCAAUAACGCAUGGUGUAAAGUAGUUUGUCAUUCAGGUCGUAACCAGAGCUCGUAAAGCCGGACUUGCACUGAACAGUUAUUUAAGGAGAUGAGCGUUCAACCCAUAGCCUUCCAAUUACAUUGUCUCCCCAAGGCAAACAAUAUUACAUAAAGGUUUAAAAUAUAGCUCUACUGUAGAUAAAUCUUUAUCCAAGCAUUUUAUUACUGUGUCUUAGACUUAAGAUAGUGUUCAUACUGGGACAAACAAAUGCGGGUUCUAUUAUGACGCACUGUCGAUACAUUGCUGACUAAAAACCUGUUUCUAAUCCACCAUUUAUUGAGAUUAAUAAUGUUGGACGGUGAGAAGGGAUUUUGCCUUGCGUGUGUUUCAUGCUCAGAAACGUUUCUAACUUCAACUUCUUAAAAUGUUUAAUAAAGGUUCUUGUCGCAGUCGAGGUUACAGCUCGCAUGAUCCAAGGAAUCUUCACCCAGACUUCCUAGAUCUGGCUAAGAGUACUUCUGGUUUAGCCAUUAUGUUUAACAACGCAAGGGAACUGGAAAAAGUAAGCAGUUUGACAAUCGGGACAUUGGAUGGCGAUGCUACCGUAUCUACCGGCUCAACCAAGACGAGCAGAAAAAAGAGGAGUUCUGCUGGAUUAACUGACAGUCGAUAUAGCAUUCCUGUUGAUGACUCUAUUGAAAAGAUGUCUGUAACCAUAACUACAGCGACAGGAGGUAGGCGAUUCUGGUUGUAAAUACGAGUAAACAUUCAAAAUUAUCAAUAUUGACGCGUGUUUGGGAUCAGGAGCUAAUAACAAAGAGCGAGAUACUCCCAUAUCAGGCCUAUGUCACGGCCUUUUUACAGCCGGUUUAUUUUUAGACACAUUUUAGAACACUUUUCCCCGCAAAGCUUGGAAGCCUAGUUAGCUAGACAUCCAUAGGGAAAACUAAACGUCAUUAAAAGGUAAAAAAUAUCCGCGAUUUUUUAGAUCUGAUUGUUUGGCUAGAUGAUUGGUGUGACUUUUAAAAAAAUAUUUUUAAUUGACGCCAAAAUCAUUCGAAAAAAAUAAACUCCUCCCUGAAAGAGUAACCAGACUUCUCAUUCAGAUGAACAAACAGUUGCCUGUGACGUUAUGACAGAUGGCACCCUAAUUUGUCUAGUACUGAAAGACAGCAAGCAAUGCGCCACUUUAGAAACGAGAAGGGACUGGGGACGCGGUGGUCAGCUAUUGGCAAAUUUUUCGCCGUUCCCAGACGUCUCUGCGAAAGUUAAACCAGCCGAGUUUCCUCUCGUUUCUAAAGUGGGGAAUUUAUGAUAUGGUGGCUCUAUAUAAAUGAACGGCUGUUAACGUUUUUCAUAUCAGCUAACAGCGGAAAUAAACCUUUAGUAAUAAGAACAAGACGUUUAGAUGGGGUACCUUUAUGAGCCGAGUAUUAGGUUUAACGGCCCUCUUUCUUAUCGUCCUUACAGGGCGUGGAAUCGUCUUAAAAAAUGCAGACAACGUCGAAAUAACGUCUGGAAAACUUAGUUUGUCACAUAUCACCAUCUAUGAAAUCAGCAACCCUAGGAAAGGAACCUGGACCCUAACCGUGCCAGGUAGUAAUGGUGAUCAUGAGUUCUCUGUCAAGUCAAGCAGCGACUCUAACUUAGAUUUCGAUCAUUACUUCCUGAUUACGCUUUCUUGGCGCAGACGGUCUACUGAAGUUCCCGUUUCGAAUCCAGUUGUUGGUAAGCCAGUCUCAUUUCUAGAAGUAGAUAAAAUAUUCCGAUCGCAGUUGUGGGAGAGGGCAUGGUUUUGCCUUCCUUUUAACUUAACUGUUGUACUAGUCAGGCUUUCGAUUCGGCGUUCAAGAGCCCAAUAUACGUCAAAGUGCUCUCCGAAAAAGUAUCUUCGCAUUGUUUUCACUUUUUGACUUAAAUGUUAGAGGUUAUUAACAGUUUCAACUGUUUAUUAAUUAUCACAAAUUUUACAGAAAGCAAUAUCCACUGCCCGCAGUUAGCAGGUUAGCUAGUCGAGGCGAGCAGUGGUUACACAUAUGUAAUACAUAUAUACAGACAGAUCACAAGAAAGACUAGAGAAAAAGAGUAGUUAAAUAAAUAAACAAAUAAAUAAAAAUAAAUUCAGUUUAAUUAAGUUUACAAUCAUGGACAUUGCAAAUAUAAGAAGCCGAGUUUUCAGGAAAUUUUUGUUAUUAAGUCGGGUAAAUCAAUAUAAUCAUUUUCUUCUGAAAGUAUUCGGAGUAAAGUGUCGUGGACAUUGAUUUUAAAGUUAUUUUUGGACAUUUGACGCAUUUCACACGGUAAACUAUUCCAGAUUUUUACACCAUAUCUUGAAAAAGACUUAGUUUGUUUGUCUAACCUUGAGUGUUUAACAUAAUAGUCACCUCUUGAAGAUGAUAUUGUAUUGUAUGAAUGAAUAUUAGAUUGGGAAGCAAAUAAGUUAGAUAUGUUAGUAGGUGUUAAGCUAAAUGCUAAAUGAAGAAGAUGACCCUAAAAAAAGGUACCCUAAGUCCCCAAUGGUAAUCGAGCCAUGAACUUUCAGUUACGGGUACAAAAUUGAUCUUUGGUUUGCCCCUUUUUGGAUUUUGUUAUUUUCUUAACCGAAUACUUUCUUUUUUUCUUUUAGGCAAGUUAAACAAAAUCAUCAUUUCUGUAGCUGGAUCAGAAAAACUAGACAAAAGCUCCCUGCGACUACAACUCGUAACCACAGAGGGAAAAUAUAUCAGUGACCUCACCCUUCAGCCCCAAGAUCAAGGUCGUUUUCUGGUCGACUUUAAUGCUCAUGCACAUGGCCAGCCAUUUAAGCUUAAACUGAAGGGCAUGACACAAAAAGGUUACCCUUUUGAAAGAAUUUCCCAUAAAAUCCACAAAACAACUACGGCUAUUCUAAGGGGAACUUACGCAAGUAAUUAUUACACCCUUACUUUGGGCAGAACCACAUUUAUUCGUUUUCAACUGUGCAACUUUGGGGCCACUGAAACUUUUGAUUUUCUUGUCGCAAAGGACACGCGGCGUUAUGUCUUUCGUCGUCGCCUGAGUCCCAAACGCGUAAUAAAAGGCCGUUGCGUGUAUAUCUCUAUUUUCGCCAAAGCUACUCGUUCUGAAGACGUUGGGAAGACAGAUGCGGUUUUCAUUAUCCUCAAGGGUCGAAUCUCAAGAACUGUUAUCUCGGAGACAGUUCAUCUGCUUGUUGACAAUUAA